CUUCCGCAAGAUGAGAAUUCCCACCAGCGAAGAGUGCAAGGACGCCGCGUGCAUGCGUGAGCAGCACGUUAAGGCACAGCUACGUAAGCUCGGAAAAACACCGCUCCCGUUGGGAGCUGUAUUGGAAGAAGCCAUGGCGGCAGUUGCGCUUCGCACGGAGGCUGAGAGCCCCGUUCAUUCAUUCAUCUUUGAUCUGGAAGAGAUGGAAGAGUUGUGCGCGCGGGACCCAGCCGCGCUUCCAAGUGAAGACUUGGAUUAUGUCAGGACUCUUUGGAACAACCGCCCAAGUAAAAAGUACUUCCGCCGCGAUCCUGCAGACAAGUACGAAAGGUUCACAACUCGCGGUCUGCGCAUGUGCGCAGAUUUCAUGUCACGUUUAGAGACGAUGGUAAGCCAAGGUAGCACUUUCGCACAAUUGCUAGGGGCCGUCGCUGGUGAGGCGGCUGAAGAUGAAGAGCCAUUCCUCGAACUGUACGGGGUCAUUUUCAACUUCUGUAUGGAAUGGAGAAGCCAACGUGUUUGGAAGGAUGGCGCUGACCAUAUGCGCCAAUGGGAUAAGCUUUUCGAUGCCCUGGCUCCCAAAAAUAUUCGUUUCGCCGAGCCAUGUUCGUCACCCCCAUCCAUGCCACCAUUAUCUUCGAUCAUGAAGAGAUGGCAAACCCCUGAUGGGGACACCCUCGUGUGCAUGGUGGCCAAGAAAACCACUUGGGUGGAUGAUCCUGAUGAGGCUGAGCAAGCCAUCUUAAGGGCGACGAAGGCGUCCAAAGACGCGAUGGACCAGAUUCUCCGUCGGUUACGACGGACCGUAGAAACGUGGGUCUCCGUAACCUUGGGGAGACAUUGGACCCUUCGCUGUUCAUAUCGCCUGGCAAGUGGGGUCAUUGUCACCGGCAAUGUUGGGACGUGGCUUCUCCCAAAUUGCUUUUCCAGUUUUCCUCGGCUCCUUGGAAUCUGCCGUAUAGUUCUUCUUUGGGGGCUGGCGCUGGAGGAUGUUGCGCGGGAGAUCAGGUGUGAUUGGAUCGGCAGCCCACCCCGCGGACCUUUGAGAAUAGCUGAGACCUUUUCCCCUCCAAAGCCGGAGCCAAUGUCUGAGGAGGAGGCCUCACCCUCUAGGAAACGGUCUCGGCGUUGAGAGUAGUGAGUGCGCUCUCCCCUCUUGUGGUUCGGGAUGGUCAGUUUAGGUAUUGCGUUGUCGUUCGUCUUUGCGUGAAGAAUUCUGGCCAAUUCUUUUGUGCUUUUCACCUUGUGUUAUUCGACCUUUCAUUGGCGAUUGUGGGACCUUUGAAUAUGUAUAUAUUUUUGCAGAUGGACAUUUGCAUUUGUUAAAUAUAAUCUUACUGAGUAAAUGAGUUAUCCCUGAUAUUCCUGAUA